AGUUAUGUGUUAAGUAAACGGAAGCGAUUCAUUUCCAGCGAUCGAUUUGCGUUGCAGGCGCUAAGUUUGUCGUUUUAUUAUUAUUCUAAUUAAUCAUGUAGAGUUUUGUUAAAUAUGAAGAGUGAAGUUCAUAUCCUAAAUGUGAGAUAUUUAUUGGAACAAAUAAUAACUUCUUAAUUUGAUCAAUUGGAAGACAAAAGUUCAGCACAAUGGAUUGGAUAAUUUCGGACGAGUUGGGCCUGACCGUGGGUCAUCUGGUGGGUUGGGGAGCAGCUGGUGCUAUGAUAGUGGGUGGUGUGGCCCCAUAUAUACCUCAAUAUAGGCAGAUCAGGAGGACACAAGACGCUGAAGGAUUUUCUUUAUACGUUUGUUUAGCACUACUUAUAGCAAAUACAUUGAGGAUAUUGUUUUGGUUUGGUAAACGCUAUGAAUUGCCUCUCUUAAUUCAAAGCAUUGUAAUGAAUAUAACAAUGUUUGUCAUGAUACAUUUAUGUGUGACCGUUCGAAAAAAGAACCAAAUUAUUAGAGCAAGGGAGAGAAUAUUCACAGGUGCAAUGUUCAUGUUAUAUAUACUAUUGUGUUGUGUGAACGGCUCAGCUCAGCCGGAUGAAACGGCCCGCUGGCUGGACCAGCGCAGCGGCAUCGGCGGCGGCGAGAAGCCUCAUCGCUUCUAUGAUAUGGAAAGAAAGUAUUUCUGGGCCUGGACAGAUUUCCAGAGCUAUGUAGAUUGUAUGCUGGUGUUCUCCGUGCUUGGAGCGGCGAUUACUUAUUUGUUAAUAGAGUUUUCGCCGUUCGUCGAGUUAAUCGGGUUCCUAGCUUUGUUCACUGAAGCAAUGCUCGGAGCUCCUCAGAUUGCCAAAAAUCAUCAAAACAAAAGUACUGAGGGGAUGAGCGUCAGCAUGGUGAUCAUGUGGACUUGUGGAGACGUAUUCAAGACUGCAUACUUCGUUUUAAGGGAAGCUCCUCCACAGUUUUGGGUGUGUGGAAGUCUACAAGUAUCAUUAGAUGUCGUCAUUCUCUUCCAAGUGUGGCUGUACCGCCACAACACGGCGGCGGCGCGGCGGCUGCGUCGAGGUGAUUAGCAAUGGACCGAGACCGACUUAUAGCACUCCCCGCGCGUGCCCCGACCGCUGAACGCUAUCUGCGCUUCUAUCGCGUUGUGUGCGCCCUACACGGUACAUUUGUUCUACCUUCCCUACAUAUUAUGACGAUAUUAUUAAGGGAAGUAUGAUUUUACUAAGUUACAUAGUCCAGUUCGAGACGUUUGUUUCAAAACAUCAUCCAACUAUGACCAAAAUAUGUAAUACGAAAAAUGAAUUGACUUUGAAUCGUAACCAAUUGUUUGUAGUGGUUUCGCAAUAAUUCCUUAGGUUGACGGUGCUAUAGGUUUGUGCCUAAAUGAAAAUCAACGAGGUUCAUGAAAAAUUACUAGUGAUGACAUUCGAUCUAUAUGUUGUGUAGUAUAAGAUCAAAUAUGCAUGUUUAGAUGUAAAUUAGAGUGACCAAAUGAAUUUUCCUGUCUUUAUAAAGUGAUUUUACUAGUCUUACUAAAUAAAUGCAUUAUAUGUCUAAAAAUGCUUGAUAGUUUGAGAACUGUAAAGGUAAUGGAGUAGGAUCACACUAGUGUGGUCUGAACCCUAGGAAAUCAGCAAUAGUAGUGAUAAUAAAUUCAAUGUUCAUUCAAUAUUCACGAAUUGUGAUAAAUUGCGAGUACAAGCAAGCAUUUUUAAGGUAGAUAGAGUGGUUGUUAAAAAUAGCAAUAAUAAUUUCGUUGCAGCAUAGAAGUACAAUUUGUAUGUAAUUUAUAAAUAUAUGACUGUAUUGAAUGCUUGUAAUAGCCGGGUUCAAUUUUAAGUACAAGGACAUAGUUGGUGGAAAACAGAAGUAACUCAAAACUCAUAACCCACACUAAUUGUGGGCAUCAUCAUUGCAAUAUAUUCCUUCUCUUGUAAAUAUCAUGAUAAUGUUUCUAUUCAAGUCAUUACAAUAUAUGAGUCUUAAUUUUAUUAUUCAUAAGAAGUAUGAAAUACAGUUGUAUACAAGCUGUUGGCUUCCGUAAUCAUGCGAAUGUACCUUCUGUAUUUAAGUACAUACAACAUGUAAUAUAUUUAAAGUAACUGACAGCUUCGAUAAUAUGUUGUAUAGUUAGUAAAAUAUACAUUUUCAUGGCUUACCUAACGAACGUUCAUUUCAGCCACGAUUAUAAGUAUUAUUCCUGUCAGAUGUAACUUAGGUAUGUAAUAUAUACAAUUUCCGCUCUGUUUACGAAGUAUUAUGAAAUAUUUACAUUCCUAGAUGUUUUAUUCCAAUUUACCUUUUGGUAUAUGUACACAAAAUGUUUUGUAUCAAAUGUAAUUCUUCCGAUUUAGACUGUUGGCAAAAGUGUUCUAAACAUUCUCAUAGUGCUUCUGAAAUUACCUAUUUUAUAUUAAUCUUUAAUAGCCAUGACUUUGAUGUUUACUCUAAAAUUGUGUUUAGAUAUGUUUUGAAUAAAGGCGUUUUCGGCUUUAGGUGUCUAUUAUAGAAAUAAAUAAGUGACACAUAAUUUUCCAUUACAAAAUUGUAGAUAUAGAAAUGUACUACAAGACGUAUGUUGUUGUAUAUUAAAGGGUUGUAUUCAAGGAAGUGGAUUACAUAUAUUAUUACUUACGUUAUUGUGUGUUUCUAGUAUUUAAUUAUAGUAAGGUAACUAAGUUUUAUAUUUAAAGUUCUCUACGUUUUUAUGGCAGCAAUGCAAUCUGAUAUUUUAUACUUACUGUAUCAUAUAAAGUAUUAUGAAUGUUGCAUUAGUUUGAAAGUCUUUGAAGUCACCGUUAUGUACAAACGUAUUUAUAUUUAGUCAGUACAAUAUUAUUUUAUUUUCAAGAACGUUUAUUUUUUGUAAUAUAAUAUUUAAAACAUUAUUAUCAAGAAAAGUGACAAAAAUAUUUAAAAGGUGCUCCGGCUUAAAAUCAUGUCAUGUUUAUAACUAUAUUAACUAUACUUGUUUUUAUUUUCAAAGAAAUAAAUAUUAAAACAUCUUGUAUUCUAUAGACGUUCGAAUAUGACUAAAUACUUCUAUCAUGUAUUAACUAAGAUACGUACAUCUGAACAAACUUCUUUUCGAAAGCAUUUUUAGUUCAACAAUACAUUUAGUGCAACGUCGAUAUCAUCUAAUUUCUCGGUAUCACUAUUGCGUUAAAUUCAAUGUUUAUUUAAACGAUUCACUUUGUGAAGAGAACAAUCUAUUGUACAAGUUGAUCUAAACGCUUCGGCUAUUUUUUAAACGUCGUACCUAUUUAUUUUUGUAUACUUUUUCUUAUUUAGCUUGUGUUAUGUCUUCCUAACCAACUUAUUAAACAGGACUAAUAUAUUAUUGAUAUUUGAAAACUGUAUAUUAUAAUAUUGAUGUAAUACUAUGUAACAUGAUGUCGAGAGAUAAAUGUGAUGGAACAUAUCAUAUUUAUAAUGAUAUACUAUAUAAUUUCUGUUGUAUAAAAUAUAUGAAUAUAUUUGUCAAUUAAUAUUAUGUAGAUAUUGUAUAUGAAUGAAAUGUAAAGUAACCAUCGUAUGUUGUGAUGACAAAUAUACAUGUAUAUGUUGUGAUUUUAUGGGUUACAAUUUUCAAUGGAAUAAAGUUAUAUUAUUUGUUAA